AGGCGGAACCGCCCGCCGCGCCUCCGGAAGCUCUCGGCGCUGCGCGUCGCCUCUGAGCACCCGAGACCAUGGGGAAGCUGGUGGCGCUGGUCCUGCUGGGGGUCGGCCUGUCCUUAGUCGGGGAGAUGUUCCUGGCGUUUAGGAUUGGGUUUUAUCUUCUACAGAGAAAGGAUGAGUGCCUCUCGAGAAGUGCAGCCAGUAGAACCUGAAAACUGCCGCCUUAUUGAGGAACUUGAAAAUGGCUCUGAAGAUAUUGAUAUACUUCCUAGUGGGCUGGCUUUUAUCUCCAGUGGAUUAAAAUAUCCAGGCCUGCCAAACUUUGCACCAGAUGAGCCAGGAAAAAUCUUCUUGAUGGAUCUGAAUGAACAAAAUCCAAGGGCACAAGCACUAGAAAUCAGUGGUGGAUUUGACAAAGAAUUAUUUAAUCCACAUGGGAUCAGUAUUUUCAUCGACAAAGACCAUACAGUGUAUCUUUAUGUUGUGAAUCAUCCCCACAUGAAGUCCACCGUGGAGAUAUUUAAAUUUGAGGAACAACAACGUUCUCUGGUAUACCUGAAAACUAUAAAACACGAACUUCUCAAAAGUGUGAAUGACAUUGUGGUACUUGGACCAGAACAGUUCUAUGCCACCAGAGACCACUAUUUUACCAACCCCUUCCUGUCAUUAUUUGAGAUGAUCUUGGAUCUUCGCUGGACUUAUGUUCUUUUCUACAGCCCAAGAGAGGUUAAAGUGGUGGCCAAAGGAUUUUGUAGUGCCAAUGGGAUCGCAGUCUCAGCAGACCAGAAGUAUGUCUAUGUAGCUGAUGUAGCAGCUAAGAACAUUCACAUAAUGGAAAAACAUGAUAACUGGGAUUUAACUCAACUGAAGGUGAUACAGUUGGGCACCUUAGUAGAUAACCUGACUGUCGAUCCUGCCACAGGAGACAUUUUGGCAGGAUGCCAUCCUAAUCCUAUGAAGCUGCUGAUCUAUAACCCUGAGGACCCUCCAGGAUCAGAAGUACUUCGCAUCCAGAAUGUUUUGUCUGAGAAACCCAGGGUGAGCACCGUGUAUGCCAACAAUGGCUCUGUGCUUCAGGGCACCUCUGUGGCUUCCGUGUACCAUGGGAAAAUUCUCAUAGGCACUGUAUUUCACAAAACUCUGUAUUGUGAGCUCUAGACGCUAGAUGGUUAAAAAAAAAAAAAAAAAGUCUACAUAUUUGGUAAAAGUAAGCUGAUAAUUGUAUAAGUGGAACUGCAAGUAAAUAGCAAACAACAACCAGUGAGUGUGGCUUUUCUUAUGGAUAGAAGUAAAGGAGCAGACAGAGAUUCCAUGAUAGCCAUCAAAUUGCAAGUCAGGUUAAUGACAGUCCAACAAGAAGCCAAACUUUACAGCUCUUUGUUAGCAGCCCCAGUAUUCUUUCUACAAUAAAACAUGUGGACGAUGUCCAGUGAGGUCUCCAACUCACCUAGAGGUCCUUGGUAACUGGGUCCAAGUUUCUUCCUACAGUUUUGAUGUUCUGGGUCUCCUACAGUCCAGACCAAGAGAAAAGCUAAUGUUCACGUAUUUACAACCCCUGUUCUCUCCCACAAGUUGUGCUGGGCAUAGACUGUUAAUUAAGUGUUCCAGUCUGCAGAUAAAGCAAGAAUUAGCAUCAUGAGAACUUGCAUUCUCCCCGGGUACUGACACAUAGGAAAUCGGGUUCUGAGAAAUCUGACAGAUGGGCCUCAGAGGCUACCUUAGGGCAGACGGGGCUUAUCUGUAAUAGGCUGUUAUUUGUAUUGAUGCUUGUAUCUAAAGUACAGUUGGCCCUCUGUAACUGUGAGUUCUACAUCCGUGGAUUCGACCAACCAGAGAUUAAAAAUAUUUGGAAAAAAAA